UCCGGCCAUCCGACAGUUGUUUGUCUUCCUCUCUGGCACUCUUCAGAAGCCUCCACACACCCUCUCUCUCCUAUCAUCUUGCCCUCUUAUAAAAGUCAUUUCUCCUUCCUAUGCUCCAGCAUCAUCAUCUGCUAGAAGCCCUUUCUGAUCUACCCACACAAUCUUCUUCCCCUUUCGAGGCGAAAACUUUGGUUCCAUCUUUUCAGAGAGAAAAGAAAAUGGAAGUCUCAUUCGACCAGCCGCUGCUGUCGACUCUGCAAUCGCUUCUGAGUAUUCCAGACGAGAUGGAGAAGUUGCUAAACGCGCCGACCCGCAGCUACGUGCGCGACACCAAGGCCAUGGCCUACACUCCGGCUGACGUGAAGGAGUAUCCAUCGUCCUAUGUCUUCGUCCUCGACAUGCCGGGACUCAAGGCUGACGACAUCAAGGUCCAGAUCGAGAACGGCAAUGUCCUGAGCAUCAGCGGCGAGAGGAAGAGGGAGGAACAACCGCAACACAAGGAGAAGGAGGAGAAGGAGAAAGAAAAGGAAGAAGCGGAGGCUAAGUACUUGAGGAUGGAGCGCAGGGUGGGGAAGUUCAUGAGGAAGUUCACCCUACCGGAGAACGCCAACGCCGACGCCAUCUCCGCCGCUUACCAGGACGGAGUGCUCACCGUGACUGUGCCCAAGGUGCCGCCGCCUGAGCCUAAGAAGCCUAAGACCAUCGAGGUCAAGCUGGCUUGAUGCAGGCCCUCUCUGGGGGUCGAUCUCUGUUCCUUUCGAUCAAUGGUCCGUUCACUUGGGUGGUUUUUUUGAUUGAGUUUCUCUUUUUUUGUUUCACUGGGGACCUUCUCCUUGUUUUCUGGUCAUGCUGGUGAUGGAUCGUGUGCCUUUCCUUGCUCGUAAUAAAGUUGUGUGAUGAACAGGGAAAACAUAUAUACACUUGCAGGCGUGUUGAUUUGGUUUCAGCAUUGCUUCCUGUUGUGCUCUGUGUCUGUCAC